AUGGCCUGGAAAGGUUUAUCCGACGGACUGCCCAGUCGCUCUCUCCGGCGUCGCAGCGCACAAUACGGGGUAUGCAGAAGAGCAGCGAUCUUCUUCGCUGGCCUCACCCUGGGACUUGCGCUGACCUCUUGGCUGCCAGAGACCAGAUUCCCGGACGGCGCCUCGGGGCAGCGUCCGCAGGUGAUCCGCCAGCGGCGCACGCUGUCCUUUGGCGUUCCACGCACCCCAAUCCUGUACGACCUGAACAGCUCGGAUCAUGGCGCGGCGCCUUCCAGCAACUGGGUGUCGCGUGAGCUCUUGCGCCGACGUGUCCGUCUGCUGUGCUGGGUGCUGACAAACCCGAACAACGCGGUAACCAAGGCGCGCCACGUGGCCGCAACGUGGGGUCGCCGCUGCAGCCGGCUCCUGUUCAUGAGCACAAGCCGCAGCCACGAGGAUCAACUACAGCCGUCGGUGGUGCUCAACUUGAGCGUCGCCGAGCGCCGCAAUGCCCUCUGGGCCAAGACCAAGGCGUCGCUGGUCGAGCUGUACAACAACUACAUCAACGACUACGACUGGUUCUUUAAGGCCGAUGACGACACGUACGCCAUCAUCGAGAACCUAAGGUACUUCUUGUUGGACAAGGACCCAUCUCAGGCGCUCUACUUCGGCUAUCCGUUCCGGACAAUCGUACCCAAGGGAUACAUGAGUGGGGGCGCGGGCUAUGUGCUCAGCCGCGAGGCGCUGCGGCGCCUUGUCGAGCAAGGCAUGAUGCAGGGCAAGUGCCGAGCCGACGGGGCGGGCAGCGAGGACGCCGAGCUGGGCCGUUGCCUCAUGCACGUCGGAGUCCCGCCCGGUGACACUCGCGACGCCCUGGGUCGAGACCGGUUCUUCCCGCUGCACGUCGAACGAUAUUUCUGGAAGGAUACGCUUCCGUACCACUGGUGGAUUUGGAAAUACGCCAAGUACCCUGUGCGGCUGGGCUGGAACUGCUGUAGCGACACGGCUGUGGCCAUCCACUACACGAAGCCCGAAGGAAUGUACCUGUUUGAGUUCUUCGUGUACCACGUGCGGGUGUUGGGCGGCCUCGAUGAGCGGGUACACCCAAGGCAUCCGCCUAUUCCUGAGUUGACUCUGUGA